UUCUAUACACAUUCACACAAGAAAACCCUAAGUAUGGCAAAAACCCUAAUCUUAACAACAUUUCUCCUAUUCACUUGUAUAAUUUCAUGCUCAGCUGACGAGUGUCAUGACAUAUUACAAGACUUUUACCCCGACUUGCGAAUCUAUAGGAAUGGAUCCCUAGUCCGAUUCAGGACCGAGGAAUUUGUCAUGCCGUUCCCCGACGGCGAUCCGAAGACGGGAGUUCGAUCCAAAGACGUGAUCAUCGAUGAAGCCCGUAACCUCUCCGCCCGGAUCUUCAUGCCGGUGGAUAUCCCUCAUCCGUGGAAGAAGCUCCCCGUCCUCAUCUACUACCACGGCGGCGGGUUCAUAAGCGGAAGCCCCUUCUCGCCGACAUACACAAACUACGUCAGUUCCGUCGUCGCCAGAGCCAAUGCCAUCGCCGUGUCGGUGAAUUACCGGUUGGCCCCCGAAUUCAGGCAACCGAUCGGGUACGAAGACGCGUGGGUCGCACUCAAGUGGGUGUUUUCCCACGCCCAGUCGCACGGUGCGCGAGGGCCCGAGCCGUGGUUGCGAGAGUAUGGGGAUUUCCAUAGGGCUUAUGUAGGUGGGGACAGCGCCGGAGGCAAUAUCGCACACAAUACGGUUUUGCGCGCCGGAAUAGAGAGGGCAAGCCGGAUUUUUCUACAAGGUAUAUUUAUGAAUGCCCCGAAUUUUUGGGGAAGUACUCGGAUUGGCGGAGAGGAGAAGAGGUACGAGUGGGUUGUGACGAGGAGCUACUUAUGGUUGCUUGUGUACCCAAAUGUCCCCGCCACAUUCGACUUCCCGGCAAUAAAUCCAAGCCUCGAUCCGAAUAUACAUAGGCUAGGCGCGAAAAAGUUGCUUCUGUAUGACGGGGGGGAAGAUGUCCUUGUCGACCGCGCACGUCUUUACGAGGAAACAUUAAGGAAGAGUAGGUGGGGUGGAUCGAUUCAAUUUCACGUGAUCCCAGGCCAGGAUCACCAGUUUGAUAUAAACAACCCGAACACGGAUGACGCUCGGAGGAUGUUGGAUAUCGUCGUUUCGUUUAUUAGCUCCGACAAUGCCAUUUAGGCGGCGUCUGUAAAAUUAACAAGCUCGAGCUCGUGCGUCCGUAAUGCCAUUUAGGCGUCAGUAAUGCCAUUUAGGCCGCGUCUGCAGAAUUAAAAAGCUCGAGCUUGUGCAUGAGCAUAUAAUUACAUAAUAUAUUUGUGGAUGUGUAAUAGUGAUGGAUGAUUGUGUUUUCGUUGAUGUUUGUUUUGUGUGUUGUUGUGAAGUUCUAAUGAAUAAAAUGUGUGUUUUAUAUGAA